AUGGAAGAAGAAUCGGGCGUCUCGCCGCCCACACCCACACCGCCGGCGGAGAAGAAGGAGACGAAUACGGCGGCGGCGGCGGGGGAGACGCCGGCUAUCUCCCUGCGGUCGUUCGAGCUUGCGGACGUGGAUGACUACAUGGUGUGGGCCUCCGACGAGCGGGUGGCCCGCUUCUGCAGUUGGAGCGCCUACACCAGCAAGGAGGAGCUGCUCAAGUACAUGAGAGAGACGGUGCUCCCCCACCCCUGGUUCAGGGCCAUCUGCCUCGACGGCCGUCCCGUCGGCGCCGUCUCCGUCGCGCUCAACGCCCCCGGCAGCGGGGACCGGUGUCGGGGCGAGAUCGGGUACGUGCUGGCGGCGGCGCACUGGGGGCGCGGCAUCGCGGCGGAGGCCGUAAGGGCAGCGGCGGCGGCGGUGUUCCGCGAGGUACCGGAGCUGGAGAGGCUGGAGGCCCUGGUGGACGUCGAGAACAGGGCCUCACAGAGGGUCCUGGAGAAGGUCGGCUUCCUCCGCGAGGGUGUGCUGAGGAAGUACUUCUCGCUCAAGGGGACGACCAGAGACGUGGUCGUCUACAGCCACCUCUCCACCGAUCACCCCCUCCUAUCUGCAAAGUAA